GGCGCGGGCGCGGCGGGAGCCGGCCAGCCGCCGCCAGCCCGCAGGUCGCCUUCGCGCAGGGGGCCCGAGGCGGGCGCUGUCGGGGCGCGGCGGGGCCAUGGGGCUCUGGCCGUGGCUGACGGGGGCUCUGCUGCUGCUGCUGCUGCUGGUGCAGCUGAGCCGCUCGGCCCGGUUCUACGCCAAGGUCUCCCUGUACUGCGCGCUCUGCGUGUCGGCGUCCACCCUGGCCGCGGUCAUCUGCCUGCUGCGGCACGGCGGCCGGACGGUGGAGAACUUGAGCAUCAUCAGUUGGUUUGUCCGGACCUUCAAGUACGUAUUCGGCCUUCGCUUUGACAUAAAGGGCCGCCAGAAGCUGGAGGUGGACCACCCGUGUGUCAUCAUUUCUAACCACCAGAGCAUCCUGGACAUGAUGGGCCUUAUGGAGGCCCUACCCAAGCGCUGCGUGCAGAUUGCCAAGCGGGAGCUGCUCUUCAUGGGGCCUGUGGGCCUGAUCAUGUACCUCGGGGGUGUCUUCUUCAUCAACCGGCAGCGCUCCAGGACCGCCAUGACCGUGAUGGCCGACGUGGGCGAGCGCAUGGUCAGGGAGAAUCUCAAGGUGUGGGUCUACCCUGAGGGCACGAGGAACGACAACGGGGACCUGCUACCUUUCAAGAAGGGUGCCUUCUACCUGGCGAUCCAGGCCCAGGUGCCUAUCAUCCCCGUGGUUUACUCCAGCUUCUCCUCCUUCUACAACUACAAGACGAAGUUCUUCACCUCAGGAACGAUCAGGGUGGAGGUGCUGGAUGCCAUCCCCACCAGUGGCCUCACCGUCGCUGAUGUCCCCAAGCUUAUGGAUAGCUGCCACCAGGCCAUGAGGACCACCUUCCUCCGCAUCUCCAAGACACCCCAGGAGAACGGGGCCACCGCAGGGCCUGGUUCCCAGCCCGCCCAGUAGCCGAAGCGGGGCAGGACCUGGGGGCAGGACGGGGCCGACCGGGGGCAGGGCCUGACUGGAGAAUGGACCGAGGGACCUCCACCCCUGCCCCAGCUGCUAAACGUCACUGUGUCCUGCUCCUACGUGGUUCUCCCCGCUUUGGUUUCGCCCCGGAUGCAGGCCACUGCUUCCUGUCACGGGCCUCGGAUCCAGGCCUCCGAUGUCCCCCAGGAGAGUCAGCUGGACCCUCCUCAUGGAGCCCACCCUUGGGCCUCCCGGAUCUGGGAGCAGGCCUGGGCCCAGACGGGCUGGCGGCCUCGGGGUGGAUGGCCGGCGCUGAGACACUUUACCCUCCUGCCUGGGCCCGCGGGGUGCAGAAGCGGGGUGCAGGGCAGGCCCUCCGGGAGAAACGGGACUCUAGGUGGGGGCCAGACACCGGGUCCUGUGCAACCGGGGCCUCGGAGAGCCAGAAAGCAGAGGUCCUUGCUCCACUGCCCUCGGGGAGCAGGGCGGCCGCCCGGGCACCGCAUUCCGUUGUUUUUUAUAAAGGAACUCUCGGAAGUG